AUGACCUAUCACUCCCAGCCCAUUGAACUUAUCUUUUUGGGUACAGGAACCUCCGCGAGCCUCCCCCACAUUGAAUGCCUGACUGCCUUACCCGGGGAUGAAACACCGCCCUGUAAAACAUGUCUAUCCACCCAGACACCUGAAGGCAAGAAAAACAUCCGCCGGAACACAAGUGCUACCAUUAGAAUGGCAGACAAGAAUGGUCUACCUGUGACGGUGGUCAUUGAUGCUGGAAAGAAUUUUCAGGCAGCCGCUCUGGAAUGGUUUCCGAAGUACCAGCUGAGGAGGAUUGAUGCCCUGUUGAUCACGCAUGCUCAUGCGGAUGCCAUGAAUGGUCUAGAUGAUCUCAGAGGCUGGACGCUGAGAUCCGCAAUUCAAGACCACAUCGAUGUCUACGUAUCGCAGGAUACUUUCACGGAGGUUCAACGGUCGUUCCCUUACCUGGUAGCCAAAGAGUUCGCGUCGGGAGGCGGUGAUGAAAGUGUACCUGAGUUCAAAUGGCACAUUAUCAGCGACAGUGUCUCAUUCGAGAUUGGGAAUACCGGCAUUCAUAUUACACCAUUCGCAGGCAAGUUCAUUAAUAUCUCCUUUCACCACGGGCGCGUCUUUUCAGAAGGCAAAGAGACGAUAUAUCCCUAUCUUUCUUUUGGCUUCAAGAUCCAAAACCACAUUGUCUACAUCUCAGAUGUAUCUCAUAUACCCGACAACGUGUGGCCAAUGAUUGAACCUUCGGAUGGUCCGAUUCCAGUAGCAGUACUGGAUUGCUUGCGCUUGCAGCCGCACCCCUCGCACGUUGGUCUCGCAGGAUCUAUCGCGUUGGCCAGAAGAAUCAAGGCAACGAAGACAUAUUUGACAGGAUUUGGACACGAGGUCUCUCACGAAGAGUACGUGAAGAUUGGGGAAGUGAUUGGUGGAAGAGCCGUCGACAAUGACUCGGAGGAGCUCACUGAUUCUGAGAGGAAAGGCAUUGAAUUAGUUGGAGAGGAACGGGGUCAGUGGUUACGUCCUGCACAUGAUGGAUUGAGGGUGUUUGUGGAAGAGAAUGGACAAGUAACGGAUGAGAGUUAUAUAUAA